AUGGCACAAAAACUAAAGCUUUAUGAAGCGCAAAAAAAGCUAGGAGAAGAAAUAAUAACUGCAGUAGGAAAAAUUAAAGAAAAGGGACUACGUAAGACAGCCGAUAAAAUAGAAAAGGUGGAAAAGAACUGGAAAAAAUUUCAGGUAAACCACGAAGAACUAUUAAAAGAAGGCUCAGAAACAGAUGAGUACUUUAAAGAAUGUUGGUUCGAUACAAUCCAAAAGUAUUAUAAAAAGAUGUUAGAAACCGAUAAUACCACUGAAACAACGGAAAAAGUCAACAAAGAAGAAAAUGAAGCGGAUAAAAUAUCAGAAGACAAUGAUAUAACUAUAGUUGACACUAAAAAAGAGGUUCAAAAAAUCAGUAAAUUAGAAACCAGGUUAAUGAGGCUGAUUGAAGACUUGCAAGAAGAUUUAGAUGCAAUGUUAGAAAUUCAUUACAACAACGAACUUCAAAUCAAUACCCAACUAAACAUUGUACUUUAUCAAUUAAAUGAAAGUAAAAAAAAAGCAGAACUAGUGGUAAAAAAUGAAUUAGAGCCGGUAAAGCUAGAACCAUUCAAGAUGCCGACGUUCUACGGAGAUGUAAAAGAGUGGAACACAUUUUCUAAUUUGUUUCAUGAAGCUAUACAUAUAAGAGAUAUACCAGAUUCCGAAAAAAUGUAUAGAUUAAAGGCAGUAGUAAAAGGUGAAGCUGGCAGAUUAAUCCAACAUAUGAAUGUAUCUGAGGCUAAUUAUAAAACAGCCUGGGAAAUGCUACAAAAAAGAUACAAUAACAGAAGGUGGUUAUUUAGAACACAGGUAGAUCAAUUACUCGACCAACCAUCUACAACAGUAGGGGAUGCUGAAAGUAUAAGGCAGCUAACAGACACAACAAACGAAUGCAUUAAUACAAUAAAAGGAAUGGGUAUCGACCUUAAUAAUGCAGAACCUUUAAUAGCACGAAUAAUAUUAAGAAAGCUGGACAAAAAAAGCUUAAGGAUGUACGAGUUAGGUGCCAAAAAUCCAACUGAAAUACAAAGCUUAGAUGAGGUACAAAAAUUUUUAGAACAUCAAUUUCAAGCGCUAGAUGCUAUGAAAAAUAAAGAAACAGACGAUAGAAAGAUAAAUUAUCCGAAGAAAAUAUGUGCGUACUGUAAUAAGGCGGGACAUACAACAAACGAAUGCAGAAAAUUUUCAGCAAUAUCAAAUAUUGAAAGACGAUUACCAGUAAAUCAGCAAAUAAAUACAUCUAUAAACUUUAGCUGUUCAUUUUGUAGAAAACAGGGCCACAAAAUAUACAGCUGCUCAUCAUUGCCUAUCAGCAAUAAAAGAGCAUUUCUAAACGCCAACGACACGUGUAAAAUUUGCCUGAGCCAUAAAAAUCAAGACAAAUGCAUAUCAAAGUACAUAUGUAAGAUAUGUAAUAGUAGAGAUCAUCAUACCUUGCUACAUAAUGAGCAUCAACAAGAAAAAAAGGAUAAAUCAACAAAAACUAAGGUGAUCGCAGUAACAAAAAAAGAUGAAAGCGAAGUAGUAUUACUACCAACAGCAAUAGUUAAAGGGAAAACAAUUAGAGGAGAAUAUAAAGAACUACAUGCGCUUAUAGACCAAGGAUCCCAAGCAUCAAUGAUAUCAGAAGAAGCUGUUCAUAUCUUAGGUUUACAAAAAGUAAAAACCGAUAUUAAAUUAACUGGGCUUGCUGAAACUUCAAUAGGGCAAGCAAAUUCAAAGGUCAUAAUGGAAAUAAAAUCUAAAAUUAAUAAUAUAAAUAUGAAAGAAGAGUUUAAAGUCAUGAACAAGCUAAUUAGACCAUUGCCAGAAAAGACAAUAGACUACAAUAAGAAUCAGUGGAAAAGCUACAACUUAGCAGAUCCUGAAUUCAUGAAAACAAAACAAAUCGACUUAAUAAUAGGCAGUGACAUUAUCCCGAAAAUAAUAAAGAAAGGGUUCAAGAAAAUUAAUGGAAUUAUCGCCCAAGAAACAAUAUUUGGAUGGAUAAUAUCAGGCAAAGUAUUAAAGAAACCAGCAAAAAGAAGUAAAGUAACAAUUACAACAAAAAACAUAGAAAAGUUUUGGGAACUAGAAGAAGCAGAUAACACAAUCAAUGAAAAAACAGCAGAAGAUGAAAUAUGUAUGCAAUUUUAUGAUGACACCACUAAAAUAGACGGCGACAAAAAAUUUAUAGUGAAACUUCCAUUAGAAAAAGAUGCCACGCUAGGUGAAUCUAGAAAUCAAGCAAUGGCAAGAUUCCUAAACCAAGAGAAAAAAAUGAGUAAUGAGAAAAGAACUGAAUACAUAAAAUUCAUGCAAAAAUAUGAGCAGAAAGGACAUAUGAAAAAAGUAAAAGAUAAUACAAUAGGAAAAUAUUACCUACCGCAUCAAGCAGUGAUAAGAGAAUCAAGUCGCACUACAAAACUAAGAGUAGUAUUCGAUGCAUCAGCAAAAUCGACAAAUGGAAAAAGCUUGAACGAUAUAAUGAUGACGGGGCCAAGAUUACAGCAGGAUAUAUUUGAUAUAUUAAUGAAAUGGCGAUUAUGGAAAUUCGUCGCUUCAGCCGAUGUAGAAAAAAUGUUCAGGCAAAUAAAAAUUGCACGAGAAGACCAAGAUUAUCAAAGAAUCUUAUGGAGAGAAAAUGCAAGGGAAAAAAUUAUGGAAUAUAGAUUAACAACAGUUACAUAUGGAACCGCAGCUGCACCUUUUCUAGCAGUACGAACAUUACAUCAAAUUGCUGAUGAAUCAGAAGAAAAUAAAGAUAUAAAAAAUAGCAUAAAAAAAGAAUUCUACAUGGAUGACUUAAUGACAGGAGCUAAUUCAAUAUCAGAAUGCAGGCAUAAAAUAAAUAAAAUUAAUAAAACUUUAAGUCUUAGAGGAUUCCAGCUCAGGAAAUGGAUGUCAAAUCAUGAAUCUAUACUGGAAGAACUACCAGAUGACAACGAGAUUGUUAAUGAAUUAACACCUAAGGAAAUGAAUUGA